AGCAUGGAAAUAUAUUAUAAUAAACAAUUUACGUGCACUCUACCCUAUAAGUGAAUCCCUCUUCAUAAUUUGGCCAAAGCACAUGAAAAUUAACCAAAAAAACACAAAACUUCAUCUCUCUCUCUCUAUCUCAAUUUCUGCAACUUUCAUAUUAUUUGCAAAAAUGGAGUUUGGAAGUAUUCUCCAGUUUAUUGAAAACAAGAACAUUUUGGUCAUUGGUGCAACUGGGUUUUUAGCAAAGAUUUUUAUAGAGAAAAUAUUGAGAGUGCAACCAAAUGUGAACAAACUGUAUCUUCUUUUAAGAGCUGCAGAUGCUAAGUCUGCUUCUCAACGCUUGCAAAAUGAGCUGUUGGGGAAGGACUUAUUUAGAGUUGUGAGAGAAAAAUGGGGAUCAAAUCUGAACUCUUUCAUUGCUGAAAAAAUAGUUCUUGUGCCUGGUGACAUAGCUUGUGAUGUGGGCUUGGGAGUGAAGGAUCCCGAUUUGAGGGAUGACAUGUGCAGAGAUUUAGAUGUUAUUGUUAAUUUAGCUGCAACAACAAACUUUGAUGAGAGAUAUGAUGUGGCACUUGGUCUCAACACUAUGGGUGCUAAGAAUGUCUUAUGCUUUGCCAAGAAAUGUGUUAAACUCAAAGUUCUUGUUCAUGUUUCCACUGCAUAUGUUUGUGGAGAAAAGGCAGGACUGAUUUUGGAGAGCCCGUGUAAAAUUGGAGAGACACUGAAUGGUAUUUCAGGGCUAGACAUUGAUGAAGAGAAAAAGUUGGUUGAUGAUAAAUUAAAUCAACUCCAAGCUGAAGGAGCUUCUGAUCGUGAAAUCAAAGAUGCCAUGCAACAAAUGGGCAAUCAAAGGGCAAAUAUGUAUGGAUGGCCAAACACAUAUGUAUUUACAAAGGCAAUGGGAGAGAUGAUUGUAGGACAUCUUAAAGACAAUCUGUCUGUAGUAAUCUUACGUCCCACAAUUGUAACCACUACUUACAAAGAACCCUUCCCUGGUUGGGUCGAAGGGGUCAGGACUAUUGACAGUUUGGCAGUUGGUUAUGCCAAAGGAAGAUUGACAUGCUUUCUUGGUGAUAUUAAUGGAAUAGUUGAUGUGAUACCCGCGGACAUGGUGGUGAAUGCAAUAAUAGUGGCGAUGGCAGCUCAUGCAAAUGGAGCAUCAGAGAAUGCAAUUUAUCAAGUAGGUUCGUCAGUAAAAAAUAGUGUAAGAUAUAGUAAUCUUCAAGAUUAUGCAUUUUACUACUUCACAAACAAACCAUGGAUCGGUAAAAAUGGCAAGCCCGUGAAGGUCGGCAAGGUUAAAGUCUUGAACAGUAUGGCUAGCUUCCAUAGAUACAUGGCUCUCCGUUACUUGCUUCUGCUCAAGGGACUAGAAGUGGUAAACACAGCAUUUUGCCAUUAUUUUGAGGGGCUGUACAGUGAUCUUAAUAGAAAGAUCAAGUUUGUGAUGAGAUUAGUGGAGCUUUACAGGCCCUACUUGUUCUUUUGUGGAGUAUUUGAUGACAUGAACACGGAAAGAUUGCGAAUGGCAGCUAAAGAGAAUGGUACGGAGACUGAUUUGUUCUAUUUCGAUCCAAAAUCCAUUAAUUGGGAUGAUUACUUCACAAAUAUUCAUAUUCCUGGUAUUGUAAAAUAUGUUUUUAAAUGAUAGAUAAUGGGCAAAAAUACAUUUAUUUAACAUUUAAGUUGUUUUGUUUCCAAUAAAGUUGUAUUCACAUUUAAUAUUUUACUGUUUUAACUUUUAACCUUAUUGAUAGCCAUAAAAUUACGGCUAUUUUCUA